CUAUUGGUGACGACAGCGGUUGAACCUCAAUCGUCUUCUUUGCAUCAGACAACAAAGGUUGAGAUUUGGCCACCUCCGUCGCAAUGCAGCUCUCUACAGGUCCUUCUUCCAGGUUCAUCGCCUUGGCUGAAACCCAGUUGUCACUCGUUGAAGGAUCAACGAUGGCCACGACACGUGGUGAUGACGACCCGAUGGAGACAGCAGCUGCUGCUGCCUGGAACUGCAACGAUACAGUGCAGACAUCCGUUAUCGAGUCUUCUUCUUCGACGGCAGCGGGGACAAAUACGGCGCGGAUGUUCGUCGCAGGUGGUGGGGAAACCACAACGGUGGUGGCUGGUGGCUUGGUUCGCCGAGGCGAAUCGACGAUUCAUAAGAUCUUUUCCAUCAACCGCAGUUGCUCUGCUGACCUUCGUUCCCACUCCGAAGUCCUCGGCGCCUCGCGCCGCCGCGCCUCUACGGCUCUGUCGCGUCCGACCGGACGGACGUCUCGGACCGCCGUGCCGAGCUCCUCCACCUGGGCCGCCCUUGGCGACCCACCGUCCCCCGCAAAACUCAACGGCGCCUCACGCCGGCACGCCCCUUCUGCGUCCGGCCGGACAGGCGUCUCGGUCCGUCGCGCCGCCCUGGCUUGGUCGUCGUAGAUGGCGUCGAGCUGUUGCUUCACACGGAUCCACUCCAUAUCAGA